CAGAAACACCACUAUUCGACUCGCUUGUUACUUCGUUUCACAGUGUACAAGACACAGAAGUGUGAGAUUUAUUGGUUUUGAUAGAGAAAGUCCCAGUUAGGUUCAGUUUGAAGGGAAUGCAAAAGACUUUAAUUACACAAGUAGCUGUCUUGUAGCAGGUGGCCUCCAACGCACCGGAGAAUUAUAAUGGCUUUUGCGGAAAUAAGGAGUGGCAGCCGUGCUAAUUAAUUAGUCGCUAUCUUCAAGCUAUUAGAAGAUGGAAGCUUCUUCUUUAGCUCACUUUUAUCCAUGGAAAAGAUACGCUAACAUCAGCUAGGUCGAUGCUCAUAAAUCAUCCCACUAUCACCGGAUGUGUUGCUGUUUAUCCUGUGGGUUAAACAGGAGAAAACGGUCGGUUAGCUAGUUUAGCUUCAGAGAAACUCCAGCCAUGGAAGAAGUUGAUAAAAUUCUGAUUCACGCCCUAAAACAAGUGGGAAUGGACGUGAGUGAAGACAUUGAUGGCGUCAAACAGUUCAGUAGUGAGCUGAUCGUGGAGGCGGUGGUCGCAUGUAUCCGGGUGAUCGAUCCAGGUCUGGGCAGCGCACUGCCCAGCUCCCUGCCUCCCGGUAUGUCUGCCCGCUUCAGAGUGGGCAUGAGCCUGGCACAGGCCUGUCAGGAGAUUGGCUAUAAAGGAGAGAUAGGGUAUCAGACUUUCCUGUACAGCAGUGAGCCAGAGAUCCGAUCCCUGCUCAUGUUUCUGGUGGAGAAGCUGCCCAGAGAGAGUGCUGAGGCCUCAGACCAGCCAACAGGGAAAUCGGUGGUCCUCCAGAGAGCCAUCACUGCUGCAAUCAAAGCCCAGCUCACUAUACCUUGGCUGCCUCCAAAAUGCAGACUGCCACUAAACUGUGAAACACAGAGUCAGGGGGCCGUGAACAGCUUCCAUGUCCAGCCCCUCAGCUUACCACACUGCACUAAAGACCCAAGCAAGAAGCACACAAAAGACAUAAAGGACUACCAGCGGGACAUUCUUCCUCCUGUCACCUCCCAGAUUUCCAGUCAUGCCUCUAUGGUGUCAUCCAUACUAGAGCAGCACACAGCUGAACUGAGUGCUGCUCAGGAGUGGGACAACGAGUGGAACAGUCAGGGACUGCUGUCCCGCCUUACACCACAGGAAUAUCGCUCCAGGAAAUUGACCCGAUUGUAUAAACGCAUUGAGGACCAGCUACGUUCUGCUGCCCUGCCCUCUUCUGAUAGUGCCUUUGGGGUUUCCGGCGCCACCUCUGACCUGUCUGAGCUACUGCAGGCCUUCAAAGGCUCAGUUCCAUCUGGCCACAUCCUGACCAAGGGCACCCACUUCACCCACACACAGAAGUUCACCUUCACACAGGAAGUGGGCACUGGGCAUCAGUCAGGGGGGGACGUGCAGUUCGGUCAGCAGGAGGAGCUAUCUUCCCUCCAGCAGCAGUUCCAGCAGAUUUGCAGUGAGGUCGAUCAGCUAGCAGCAGACAUGAAACACAUGGGUGUCACUAACGCUCAGGUGCUGGAUGAGCUGAAGCAGAGAGAACUGGGAAACACUGAGAAAGAAGAGAAGAUCCAAGUGAAGAAGAAAACAAUUGACCUUCUGCCAGACGCAGAGAACAGCCUGCUGAAGCUUCAGGCUCUGGUGGAGGCCAGCACCAAGCGAGUAGUGAACCUGGCAUCUCAGUGGGAGAAGCACCGUGCUCCACUCAUUGAUGAGUUCCGCAGGCUCAAAGAAAUCUGCAGCAGCAAAGAUCUGGAGUCGUCCAAAAAGCUGUCUGAAAUCAAGUCUUUGCACGGUAAAAUUCGUGUCUCUACAGAGGAGGCCAAGAAGAAGGAAGAUGCGUACAAACAGCUGGUAACAGAGUUGGAGAAUCUUCCUCAGGAUGUGUCUCGGUCUGCGUACACUCAGAGGAUUCUGGAGAUUGUCAGCAACAUCAAGAAACAGAAGGAGGAGAUUACAAAGAUUUUGUCCGACACGAAGGGGCUCCAGAAAGAGAUCAACAAUCUGACAGGAAAACUAGACAGAACGUUUGCUGUGACUGAUGAGCUGGUCUUUAAGGAUGCCAAAAAAGACGAGUCCGUCCGCAAAUCCUACAAGUACCUGGCGGCCCUGCAUGAAAACUGUAAUCAGCUAAUCCAAACCAUCGAAGACACCGGCACAAUCCUGAGAGAGAUUCGAGAUCUAGAGGAACAGAUUGAGACAGAAAAUGGUAACAAAACUGUGGCUAACCUGGAGAGGAUUCUGGAAGACUACAAGGCUAUUCGACAAGAGAACUCUGCACUCACCGCCAAAGUCAGAGAAGGAUGAAAGCGUCCCUACGUAGCUCUGUUCUGCUUUAUGAGGCUGAAGUAGAAACAUGGACAGUACUCCAGUCAUCACACAUCUGUCCAUAAACAUGGAUACCUGUUUUUCUUCAGAAGGCUUUGGACUACGGGGAUGCUGUUAUUGUAAUGCACACAAAGGACAAACAGAUCAGAGUUUGUAUGCCUGAGGGCUGAUUAUGUAUCCAACUGAAACACGACCCUGGACAGCACAAAGUGCUGUCAUUUAGAAUGAUAAACAAGACAUGGUUAAAAAAAUUUAAUGUUUUUCUUUGCAAUUUUAAUAAUUUUUCCAUUUUCAGACAUUAGCAGUUCUUAUGUUCUUAUGAGUGAAUGGAAUUUGAAUGUAGUUAAUUUAAUAAUGUCAUCCAUCAGAAAAUUCUUGUUGUAUGUAUGGUACCAGCCUAAAUAAAGUUGCUU